AUGCGCAUGAAUUUACUAUCUGGAAUAAAAGAUAAGAGAAAAUGUCAUUAAGCGGACGGCUCGGUGCAUAAGUCUCAGCGCGCCUGUUGGUAAAACUAAUGUUGGUGUUUAUUCUAGCCGGGCUGCGGCGUCGCGCUUUGCUGUGCGCUUUCCAAAAAGUCCUCAAUUAUAAACUUCGGACUCCGUUUUCUUCAGUUGAUGGAGUUAGAAAGUUUCUGCAGUCCGCUCACAAUGGAGAGAAAAGCGCCCUUUGCCGAAUGUGAAGGCUUCCUGUGGUCAGAGUGGAUUACUGACUUCAAUAAGGAGAAGGAGCACCACUCCAGGAUAUGAAGUUUGAUGCAGUUUGAUUUACUGCAGAAGUCUGGAAAUCGUUCAGCAAGCAUUUCUUCACUGACUUUGUCCAUCGAGUGAAGCCGCCGGAGUGUGAGCGCAGGUAUCUUGGAAUGAGGAGCAAAGAUUUCCUCCACCGAGAGUCUAUCCACAGAGAUCCAGCGGGGCUUUUUCCUGCCAGUCAUCACUGAACCCUUUCACUAUUCAGCAUUUCACCUUGUCCCCGCUGUUGGAAGAAACCCAAUGUCUGCCUCCUCUCCCCCAUCCUUACCUCGAGCCUACCUCCACUCUCUCCAUCCGCACCACCCGUCCUCGCCGCCCACCCCCUCCCCGUCUCCGAGCCCACCAGGCCCGCUCUAUACGCGCCUGUCCAACGGCAGUCACAGUGUGCCUAGCCCCACCAACUCCCGCAGCUCUUUCCAUGGGGUGUCCUUCCUGCUGCAGAUCGGCCUGACCAGAGAGACGGUGAACCUGGAGGCCAGCGACCUGUCGCUGUCCGCUGUCAAGGACCUGGUGUGCUCCAUCGUCGACCAGAAGUUCCCGGAGUGUGGCUUCUUUGGCAUGUACGAUAAGAUCCUGCUGUUCCGCCACGACUUGAACGAUGAGAACAUCCUGCAGAGGCUGACCUCGGCAGAAGACAUCCAUGAAGGAGACCUCAUCGAGGUGGUGCUCUCUGCUCUAGCCACAGUCGAAGACUUCCAGAUCCGGCCCCAUGCCCUCUAUGUCCACUCCUACAAGGCCCCCACCUUCUGUGACUAUUGUGGGGAGAUGUUAUGGGGUCUCGUCCGACAGGGGCUCAAAUGUGAAGGAUGUGGGCUAAACUACCACAAGCGCUGCGCUUUUAAGAUCCCCAAUAACUGUACCGGUGUCAGGAAGAGGCGGUUGUCUAAUGUCUCACUACCUGGACCCUCCCUCUCUGUCCCGCGGCCAAUGCCUGCUGAGAAUGCAGUGGUCAUCCAGGAUGAACAGCAGCGCUCCCACCAAGAGGCAGGGAAGCGGAUCCUGUCCUGGAGCGGCAGGCCUAUCUGGAUGGAGAAGAUGGUCCUGGGACGGGUCAAGGUGCCACAUACCUUCGCCAUCCACACUUACACCCGUCCCACCAUCUGCCAGUACUGCAAGCGUCUGCUCAAAGGCCUUUUUCGCCAGGGCAUGCAGUGUAAAGACUGCAGAUUCAAUUGUCAUAAGCGGUGUGCUUCAAAGGUACCAAGAGACUGUCUGGGGGAGGUGGUCUUCAAUGGAGAGCCGGCCAGCCCUGGCCCAGACACAGACAGCACCAUAGACACUAUGGAGGUGGACAGCGCUGAUAUAGAUGGUAGCAGAGGACUGGACGACCCAGAGGAGCCCUCCACGCCAGAUGAGAAGAUGUUCUAUAUGGACUCUCCUUUCCUGGACAGAGAGAAGGAUGAGGAGCCCAUCAAGACUAUAAGCCCUUCCACUAGCAGCAACAUCCCUCUGAUGCGGGUGGUCCAGUCCAUCAAACACACCAAGAGGCGGAGCUCCACUGUGGUGAAGGAGGGCUGGAUGGUUCACUAUACCAGCAGGGACAACCUGAGGAAGAGACAUUAUUGGAGGCUGGACAGCAAGAGUCUGAGUCUGUUCCAGAAUGACACCGGAGCCAAGUUUUACAAAGAAAUCCCACUGUCCGAGAUCCUCCAGGUAGAGCAGUCCAAAGACUACAGCAAACUCGCCCAGGGCAGCAACCCUCACUGCUUUGAGAUCAUCACGGCCACCAUGGUCUACUACGUGGGGGAAAACAACGGCAGCCACUACCACAGCCCUGCCCUGGCCGCCUCAGGAGUCGGCAUGGAGGUGGCACAGGGCUGGGAGAAGGCCAUCAGACAGGCCUUGAUGCCUGUCACCCCGCAGCCCAGCGUGGCCAGCGCUGCCGGCCAAGGCAAGGACCACAAAGAGCUGUCCAUCAGCAUAUCUGUGUCCAACUGCCAGAUCCAGGAGAAUGUGGAUAUCGCCUCGGUGUACCAAAUCUUCUCUGAUGAGGUGCUGGGAUCAGGCCAGUUUGGCAUUGUUUACGGAGGCAAACACAGAAAAAGUGGCAGAGAUGUGGCUAUUAAGGUUAUUGACAAGAUGAGAUUUCCUACGAAACAGGAGAGCCAGCUAAGGAAUGAGGUUGCCAUUUUACAGAACCUUCAUCAUCCAGGUAUCGUCAACUUGGAGUGCAUGUUUGAAACACCAGAACGAGUGUUUGUUGUCAUGGAGAAGCUCCAUGGCGACAUGCUGGAGAUGAUACUGUCCAGCGAGAAGAGCAAACUGCCUGAACGCAUCACCAAGUUCUUAGUCACACAGAUCCUGGUGGCCCUGAGACAUCUGCACUUCAAAAACAUUGUUCACUGUGACUUGAAGCCGGAAAAUGUACUACUAGCCUCCGCAGAGCCCUUUCCUCAGGUAAAGCUGUGUGACUUUGGCUUUGCCCGCAUCAUCGGUGAGAAGUCAUUCAGGCGGUCGGUGGUGGGCACGCCAGCCUACCUGGCCCCAGAGGUCCUGCGCAGUAAAGGCUACAACCGCUCCUUGGACAUGUGGUCAGUAGGGGUGAUCGUGUACGUCAGCUUGAGUGGAACCUUCCCUUUUAAUGAAGACGAGGAUAUUAAUGACCAGAUCCAGAAUGCUGCCUUCAUGUACCCCCCUACGCCCUGGAAGGACAUCUCUGCAGAGGCCACAGACCUGAUCAACAAUCUUCUCCAAGUAAAGAUGCGGAAGAGGUACAGCGUGGAUAAGUCUCUCAGCCAUCCAUGGUUACAGGAUUACCAGACGUGGUUGGACCUCAGGGAGUUCGAGACACGGCGGGGCGAGCGCUACAUCACCCACGAAAGUGACGAUGCUCGCUGGGAGGAGUAUGCCGAUGAGCACAGCCUGGUCUACCCCAAACAUUUCAUCAUGGCUCCCAACCUGGAUGACAUGGAAGAGGACCCCUAGUGGCCCCCGGGACAUUCUGCACCACGUGAAUUUAGGACUCAGAAUGUAGCAGGGACUUCACGUGUGGACCUUUGGGAGCGAUGCCUUUUCCCUCCAAAACUGUUGGUUGUGGAAACAGAGAGGAGCCGGCCCAGGUUGAGCGUCACUCUGCCCUGGCAUCAAAAGCGGGGAGAAUCAGAUGGACUUGAUAGCUCGAUGCACUGCCGCAAGGAGUGGGCAGGUGGAAAUGCUCCACAGAAAUGCAUCCAAGAACUGUUGGGAGAGAAGAAUGUUCUUUCCCUCUUUUUAUACCAUAUCAAAACAUUCCAAGGAUUUGUUCGAGUUUGGUUGGUUUCCAAGAACAAUCACACAAGCCACAAUACAUUAGCUGAACUUAAUAGGUUAGUUAUUGUAGACACAAUUUUGGGUAAUUAUGAGUAAUAAUAUGCCUCUGCAGAGGAGCAGAAAGAGUGAGCUUACCCCAGGAGUAAAGGGCACUUUUCACAAGGGAUCUACAGUAUGUCCAUGGAGAGAAAAAUGCAAGGGUUUUGGACAAAACUAAUAGAAUUGUUGUUCUCAUUUCAAGACUGUUUGUGAGACUGUCCUUUGGCAUGAAACUGGAACUAUCAUGUGUAUGUCUAUGUUUUUAAUGUAUUUAGUAAUUGUGGUAGAUUUUUGCACUAUAUUACCGUUGAUAAUAGCAGUUUGAUAACAGGAUGAAUAGAAACACUAUUCGCUGCUGCUAUGUAUCACAUAGGCCCAUUGAGAAAACGCAUGAACAGCUUUGUGUGUGUCCAGUCUAGGUGCAGACAGAGCUCAUCAAACUCGAAUGCUAUUAGCUGCAUUGUCACCAUUUAUUUGAGAAAAAAAAAAAAAAAGUCAGCAGGAAUUUACAUUGAGUGCAGAACCUCAUUGGUCAGAAUAUUGCCAAAUUUUGAUCAAAAGGCAGCCAAUAGUAUGUAAGAUUUCCCAGUGUUUUUCCUUCAGAAAAUGACCAACAGAUAUUACCAAAUAUAUUGGCAAAAAAACAAAAAACACCACCCCAUUCAUUCUGUUUUUUCCAAACUGGGAUUCUUUCACUGAUAUUGUGAAUUCCUAAAUGAUUUAAGAGAGAAACCCUGAACUAUUUGUAACAGCAAUGAUGGAGCCAAUGGUAAUGUUCAACAAAUGGCUAAAAACCGAGACUUGCAUAGGCUUUAACAUGGACUCUUUGCUAGUGUUCUGAGCGUCAUGUUUCUGUUUACCCCUUUAUGUAAUACUUUCACAGUAUUUUUGAAUGUGACUUUUCAAGCACUCCGAUUCUGGAAUAAUGUGUUAUGGUGCUCGUUAGUUGUCUUAAGUAUCUAUGUUGCAUCUCCUAAGGCAGCCAAAGUCGGUUUUUCACAGAACAAAAACAUCGGUGUCUAUUACCUUUGGAAGCCAUUAGCUGCAGUGCAUUACACUGCCUGGUCUAUUUCAGCAGCCCUUUUGGCUAGACAUUAGGCACAGUAGGUAGCAGAUAAUGGAAUAUAAAUAUAAAAACAGUUUGGUUCAUGUGGGAGUAGUAUAGCACUACAAUACUGUAGUUCUUUACCUGGCUCUAAUGGUGUGUUUUGGGAUAUAUGGUUCUGUUCCCUGUUGUCUUUUUUCCUGUCUAUGUUGCCGCUGGAUUGGCAGGUGUCAGUGUUUUGUAUAUUUCAG